AGCUUUAAAUAAUAUUUUUAAAUAUUUGCUAAGUGAUAAAAUAACAGUGUUUUUAGAAAAUGGGCCUGUGGACACUCUGACAAGUAUCUCAUGGACCUCUCAGGUCCCCAGACCACAGUUUCAGAAACCACUGUUCUAGUGAUGGUGUAUAGCUUGAAAGUGCUUGAAGAUUUUAAAAUUUUCACUGAAGUUUCCUUGAUACAACAAUGUUCUGGUCAUGAUUUGGAUGUUGGCACAGAAUGUUUACAAAUUGCAAAAGAUUAUGGAAAUAUUAGAGCUUACCUUGUUAUGAGUGAUUAUGAUCUAUGGAAGGUAACUUAUAAAAAAGAUUUAUAUGCUACAGAAGGAAUAUUAAAAGAAGGAAUACAAAUUUUUAUUAAGACAGAUGGAGUAAAUAAUGAUUUUCUGGAAUGUCUAAAAUGUAAUUUGAGCAAAACUUUCAAGAAUGUAAAGUUUAACUGA